AUUAUGUUUCUCUUAAUAGCUUCCCGAUAUGAAACGUUUACUGUUUCAACAAAAAAUCGAACGCUGCGUUAUUUUAUCAUUUAUCAGGUAAUUCAGUUGUUAAGUGCUAGUGAUAAUGUGCACAGUAUUAAAAGGGCUACAUAAAAAACUAAUUAUUAAGUUAGGUUAACAAAUUGUUAUAAUGAAAUGUGGUUCAAAACGCUGUAUAUUGCGCUUUGCGUCCUUGUCUCGUCCGAAGAAGUAAAUAAACUGAAAUAUACUUUCGACACAAAUUUUUAUAAAGACUACGGUUAUUGUGAUGGUGAUUUCCCGUGGAUUUUAACUGAGUACGAACAACUGGGGGUUAAACCUUUCAACGAAAACAAUACAAGAUGCAUCCAAGUUAUAUCCAAGAGUUGUGCUACGUCAUAUCCAAUACAUUUCUCUCAUGGAGCUAUAGAACUGAAUGUGUACUUAGAAUUGUUUUCAAAUGACAGUGGCCUAACAGUGACUGUAUUUAAUGAAAAUAAUGUUGCUAUAGUAAAUUAUGAAUUAAAUAGGUUAAGGAAAAAUUAUAUUGAAGGGUGGAAUAUAAUUUUGCUGGAUAUAAAGCGUGAUACCGUUGGCUACUUAAAUCUCAAAGGUGGUAUCGUGAAAGAAGAAAUAAUUCUUGUAGACUCUUUACAAUACUCUGGAUAUGUUAAAACUAGAAAAAGACGUUUUCUAUCACCAAAACAAUUGCCACUUGUGAUAACAACUCUUAAAUCAGAGUUGAAAUCAAACAAUUUAGUCCCAAAAUCAGAUAUAUGUAAAAAAUAUUGGAAAACUCGAUUUAAAAGGUCGAUAAAUGGAUAUGAGGAUACGAGUCAACCAACGCCUAACGACUCUGUGACAACUGCAAAACCUACAACUUCUGCUGUGCCCAAUGACUCUGUGAUAACUGCAAGUCCUACAACCACUACUGUGACCACAGAUCCUGAAGCAGAUGGAAGUGGAAGCUCAACGACUACUAUUGAAGAUUCUGAGGCAGGUGGAAGCUCAACGACUACUAUUGUAACCACCGAGUCAGAGGCAGUUGAAAAUUCUACAACUGUUGAGGAUUCGGAUUCCUCAACACAACAACAAAAUAAUUUCUGGAGUCCACUAAUUAUUACGUUAGUUGCAGUUGGAUCUUUCGUAGCCUUAUCUGUUACUGCCGUUUCAGCGUAUUAUUGUGGAAAAUUUGGAGCUCAGGGAGAUGGCACUACCUUUUUAAUUGAUGAAGAGAUACCACCGCAGACUAUUAUUCCUCGGGUUAGAAAUGCCAGUCGGUUUGAGGUGUAAGUCCGGUUUACAGAAAAUGACUUGUUAAAAAAAUCGGUCAGAUCGGAC